AGCAGUCGCUACUCGCAAGGAAUUAAGCCCUAGCUAGCUAGCAAAGACUAACCAGCAGGGACCUUGGCUAAGCUUGCAACAAUUUGUGACACGCCAUGGCUUCGUCCACGACCGGGCAUUGCCUGUUCCUCGUCCUUCUUCUUCGCUCCUCCGCUGCCUACGGCCAGCUCUCGACGUCGUUCUACGACACGAGCUGCCCGUCACUGCAGUCCAUCGUGCGCUCCGUCGUGUCUAACGCCAUCGCCGCCGACCGCCGCAUGGGCGCCUCCCUUGUCCGGCUCUUCUUCCACGACUGCUUCGUUCAGGGCUGCGACGCCUCGAUUCUUCUCGACGACGUGCCGGGGACCUUCGUCGGCGAGAAAACCGCCUUCCCGAACGCCAACUCCGUUCGCGGCUACGACGUCAUCAACAAUGUCAAGGCCGCCGUCGAGGCCAACUGCACCGGCGUCGUCUCUUGCGCCGACAUCGUCGCCCUCGCCGCGAGGGACGGCACCGUGCUGCUCAACGGACCAACCUGGAACGUGUCCCUCGGCCGGCGCGACUCGAUGACGGCGAGCCGGGACCAAGCGAACAGCGACCUCCCCUCGCCGUUCGCCAGCCUCAGCACGCUCAUCGCGGCGUUCAGCAGCAAGGGCCUGAGCGCGCAGGACAUGACGGCGCUCUCCGGCGCGCACACCGUCGGCUUCGCGCAGUGCCAGGUCUACCGCGACCGCAUCUACAAGGACAACAACAUCAACCAGCAGUUCGCUAAGCUGCGCCAGAGCGACUGCCCAGCGACGCAGGGCAUCAACGACACCGUCCUGGCGCCGCUCGACGUGGCGACGCAGCUCACCUUCGACAACGCCUACUACGGGGACCUGCUCAAGAACAAAGGCCUGCUCCACUCCGACCAGGAGCUCUACAACGGCGGCUCGCAGGAUGCGCUGGUGAAGAAGUACGGCUCCAACAGCGCCGCCUUCUUCGCCGACUACGUCACGGCAAUGGUCAAGAUGGGGAACAUCAACCCGCUCACCGGAACUGCCGGUCAGAUCAGAGCCAACUGUGCUGUGGUUAACUAACAGCAGCAGCUCAUUGUUGCUGGUCAUCAUUUGGGGUUGUCUCAACAGCUGAGAGGCCGGCCACAUGCACGCAAGCUGUUAGUUCAAAAGCAAAUUGAUGUCUAAUACGCUUCGGAGAAAUGGUAUCCAUUUUCUAGUAAUAAAAAUCAUAUUUAUUUAACAUCCCUAAAAAGAAUAUUUAGUCGGUUCCGAAGUACAAUUAAAUCGAGAUUCAAUGUCUAA